CAUAGUCAACUCUCAUAGUCAGUCACACACUGACCAAGACCGGAGUCCAGCGAAUCCUCACCAGCGCAUACUGCUUAUCAGGCUGUCUGUGUGUCACACUACGUGUGUGUUCAGCAGGUGUGGGCUUCCCUUCCUGGUUCUUGCUUUAGCACUUGUGCUCAGAUCAGCUGACUGGAGAUUCAGAUCUAGACGGCAGUCAACACCUGGAGUUUUUUCACAACAUCAGCGUACUUGGCGUACUUCUUCCUCAUCCACCACUGACGACGAUACACCAGGGAAUGCGGUCAAAACAGAAGAGAGAGGAAGAAGGAGAAAGUGUCGACAAGUAGUUGGAUGAAUUUGAAAACCCUGAGAGGCGGCGUCAUCUUUGCCUGCUGCAUCUACACACACACACAUACAUUAUAGAGGAUUUAGAACUAGUGGCGGGAGGACAUCGUAUGUGAGUGUGUGAGUAUGCAUGUAACUUCAUCAGGCUCCGAAUAGACCCAGUGACGCUGACACCUCUUAACCUCCUGGUCCGGCCGGGCACUGAGAUGGUGCGAGUCAGCUGGUGUGUGUGCUAACAACUGGAGAUAACAACACUCAAGAGCACACACGGUUGUAAACAACAACCGCUGACUCGCUGUGAUUGAAAAGUAUCUUAACGUAAUUUGGAAACCUCUCUCCACCCUGUCAUGCACCACCAAGGAAUAUUAUAGCCAACAGCGAGUGUGCACAUACAACUGUGUGUAUCUGAGCGUGUGCCGCAGAGGGGUGGUGAUUUUCCAGAUUGCUGGAUUGUCUAAUUACCCCUUUUGGGUUUGGGAAUCACGCCCGGAGUCUUUAAACACCAAGGAAGAGAAGAAAGGAAAAGAGAUUAUUUAUGUCUGGCUUUUGGCCUGUGACACAGAAAUGAAUUGAAGGAGAAAGAGGGUGGAAGUUGAGACUGUCCGGGUCAGAGUCAUGAUGUGGAUUUGUGCAACCAAAGUAAAGAAAAACUGGGUUAUAGCUGAACUUCCUCCUGGAACUAAUUUAAUACUUAACAUGGAAUCUGAAUAGUUUGAAGCAUUUUAGUGCGCAGACCUGGAUGCUGUAUUCAAAAAUGUUUGGUAUUUCAUGAUCUGGACUUUGAGUGAAUAUCCACCAACCAACCUAAGGAUCUACAUCUGAGCGAUAUUUUUCCAGGUGGUUUUGAAGAUAUACAUCCUUCCAUCUUAGACUUGCUUUCCCUGACUAAGGAUGAGAGGGGAAAGGAGGUAUGCUUCCUUUCGUAAGGAGAAACCCGCAGGCCUGUCCCGCGCUCUCAGCUGGCUGAGCGUUUCCACCCUCUCCCGCCGGAGCAAACGCAUCUUCCACAGCCAGAAUGAGCUCCACGCCGUCCAUAACCGUCAACCGUACUCACACUCGCACACUCACCUUCAUACGGCUGACAGAGACGAGGAUGAUGAUGAUGAUGAUGAUGAUGAUGAUGAUGACAACUGGGUGUACCAGCCUCAACACAAAAUAGCGGUGUCUAACCUGGAUGAGGAGAGCAAGUGGACGGUUCAUUACACAGCUCCGUGGCACCAGCAGGAGAACGUCUUCCUGCCAGGCAGCAGGCCGCCCUGCGUAGAAGACCUCCACCGCCAGGCCAAAGUCAACCUCAAGACCGCCCUGCGAGAAUGCGACAAGUUGAGGAAAGAUGGUUUUCGGAGCUCUCAGUACUACUCUCAGGGUCCCACCUUUUCUGACCCCUUACAGUCCACCAGCAGCCUGCAGGAUGAGGAGGAGGAUGACAAUGAUAAGAAGUCCACAGCUUCAUCAGCUGAGGACGACAAAUCUCAGCUCUCCUUGAGGCCCCAGACCCCGCAGGGAGGAGAGGGGUACGAGGUUGACGGACAGGUCGUAUGGAACAAAGGCACACCCCUACCCACCCCAGAGGAGAAGAUGAGGCUGGCGGCCCAGGCCGUGCCCACAGACAUAGUUCCCAUCAACGUCACAGGGGCAGUGUUUGACCGACAGGCGAGCAUCCGGCGCUCCCUCAUUAACACUGACACCGUGUCCCGCCGGCCCAAGAAGGUCAAACGCAGAAAGACUAUAUCAGGGCUGCCUGACAACUUCAACCAUGAGCUAGCAGCAAAAGGACACAGUGGAGAGCUACGGCCGCAUUCCAUGUUCAUCCCGGGACAGUAUUCCACCUUGGGCAGAGUUGGGAGCGUCAACUCAAUGCUCAGACGUUCAGAGACCAGAGACUCUGGCUGCCAGACAGAAGAAGUAAAGAUUGUACCCCCGUCCAUGAGAAGAAUCCGGGCUCAGAGAGGACAGGGAAUUGCUGCUCAAAUGGCUGGCAUUUCUGCUUCCUCCUCAACAGGAAGUAUAUCCGUCUCGAGUAGUGACAGCUCUGGGAUCUUGAUGCUGCCACAGUUUAACAGAGACCCCUCCCGUUUUCACAGUCUGCCCCGACAGGGUGCUAGGGUGUCCCUCAGUGCUGAACCCAUCUAUAGCAGUACCCCAAUCAAGUCAGAGGAGCAAACUACACCUCAGAGGCAGAUUGGAAAGUUUCAGGUUGACGAUACAGUGGUGCACAUGAGACAUGCCCCAAGGACAGGCACCCUGCCCAGGCCCAAGUCUCAGGAGGUGAGGGGGACACAGGCCAGUGAUUGGGCUGGUGGUCCAGCAUGUGUGGUCUCCCCGCAUGCUGCCUACUCCACCUCACUCAUCCCUAAUGCCACCAUGUCAAGCUCCUCUGAGGUCAUUACCCUCAACACCUCCGGUCAGCUCUCCCACUCCCCAGCCUCAGCUUACCCCACAGCUCGGCCGCUCAGUCUGGCUUCCUCCACCAGCACUGACCCCAUGAUCUCCAGUCCAACAGCCUUUACCCACAGCUCCACCUGCCCAGCCUUGGCCACUUCUACCCCCACUCAUACACCAAAGGAUGGUGGUCUGGUAGUCGAAGCACCUGCUAGCGAGUCAGGGCACUCGGACAGCAGUAUACAAAGCCACAGCACCUUGGCUCCCACGCCACCAUCCUGUCUGUCAGAGGAGCAGUGGAUCUACGACACGCCAGAAAACAUGGUGGUUCCACAGCGCACUCUGACCUCUAGCUGCUCCACUCCUAUAAACCAGCUGUAUAGCAGCCUGGACCUCUCCUCCAGGACCACUACUGACUCCAGCUCCCUCUAUUCCCAAGACAAUGAUGGAUACUACACCUCCAUGCACAUGGACUCAGGCCUGCGCUCUCGCAGCCAUGGUAGCGGGCAUGGUGCAGCACCUGGACGGGCCACCCGGCACAGCAUGUACGAGUGCCGUGAGAUGGCCAAUCAGGAAGACUCUGGAAGCUUGUACAGUGAUCGCUCUCUGUCCCGCAGUAUCUCCCUCCGCAAGGCCAAAAAGCCUCCGCUGCCCCCAGCUCGUACAGACUCUCUUAGACGCAAGACUUCUGUGAAAAAGCCCCUUGGAGGCGUUAGCGCCAUCAGCGGUGCUAAUGAGCCAAACAGAGCCAUGCUUAAUGAGACUCUAAUUGCCAGCUUGCAGCAGAGCCUACAGAUGGGGCUGAGAGGAGGGAAAGGAAAAGUGGCUUCACCUUCUUCACCCUCUCAUAGCCCGAGCAGCGAUUACGAUGACCCUUGGGUGAUACGGCCACGCAGUCAGAGUAGCAUCAGUGCAGGUAGCUCUGCAGCAUCACUAGUAGCUAACGCCAACUGUGGCGGUGUGUCUAACGUUUACUCGCUAUGCCACGUGACACCUGCUCACAGUGACACCAGCAGCUUGCGCUCAGACUAUGCUGAUUCCUGGGGCUACUACAUGGACUACCCUCGUAACCAUGGAGACCAGAGGGCACAGACCCCUCCGGUUCAUGCCACUGAUAACAUGUCGGCUGGGGCUCACCCAGGAGAAUUGCAGAAUGGAGGUGAGCUUCUCAACAACAGCCAGGCCCCUGGAGCUCCAGGUCAGGAGGGAAGGGUGGCAGUGAAGCCCAAAAUGUCCACCUCCUCACCAGACAGGGUGCAUAGGCUGACCUCCCCAUCUAGCGGCUACUCUAGUCAGUCCAACACCCCCACAGCUGGAACCCCAGUGCCCUCAUUUGUCAGGUCCAUGUCUCCCUCGGGCAGCCGGCCCAAGCCCAAAGUGCCCGAGAGAAAGUCAUCUCUCCUCUCCUCUGUAUCCCUGUCCUCCUCUUCCACUUCCCUUUCCUCCAACACCUCGGACUCACUUAAAAGCUCCGGACCUCCUCCUCCACCACCCCCACCCUUGCCCCUCUCCUCCUCAGCUCCCACCAGCUCUCUCAGCGCACCUCCACCCUUCCCUCCCCCUCUACCGCCAUGUUCCAGUGCGGGCACUCCUCCGCCAGCUCCCCUGUUACCAACCACUCCACAGGGUCCAACUCUGAGACCACCCCCUGCUUGCUCCACCUCCCCAGAAUUCCCUCCUCCUCCAUCCCCUGAAAUGCUAAUCCACCCCAGUUCAUCCUUCAAUGGGAGCUUCAGUCCUCCCCCUCCACCCCCCCCUCCCGUCCCCUCCAUGGGGCCCCCUCCACCUCCUCCACUGCCUGCUUUUGUCCCACCUUCCUCCUCCCCAUCUUUUGUGAAGGCAGUGAAAGAUGCUCCGAAACCAGCUCUUUCCAACAGCCCUACAAAUUCACCUAAGCCCCUGAUCACCCCAUUUGCACUGCAGAGUGUUCAGCUCCGCUCUGUUAAACUGCCAGAGAAGAUGAUUAACGGCAAUUCAGACCACACCAAAGCUCAGGAAAUAGGGGUGGACCUCCUUCAGGGUCUAAAGCCCCUGGCCCUGGAGAAGUCAUACUCCAUGGAGCAUCCCACUGUGAUACACCUGUCAAACUGCUCCCCAGAAGAAGAUUCACGUAACUGCUCACCUUCACCUGUGUCAAAGCUCUUAGAAGAGUUGUCUUUUGACUGCAGUAUCACAGAUGACACACCAGACAGUGCUGUCAUGAAUGGAAAAGCCAAGAAUCAGAGUUACUUUCGCUUAAACGGAAAAGAAAAAGGUGAAGGACAGGAAUCAUUUCCCAGUCCCCCACAGAGCUCCCAAAGCUCUCCGGUCAAACAGAAGCCCCCAGUAGUCUCCAAGAAACCCAAAAUCUCUUUUCUCCCACCAUUUAGCCCCCAACCAAUCAAUGAACAGGUUCCAUCGCAGCAUGAGGAUACAACCAGCCUGUCACAAACAGAAGACCAAGUAGAUGCGCCACAAAGACAAAUAAAGAAAGAAGAACAGAACGAGCGUAAAAGUGAGCAACAGGAGGCCGAGGAAACUUCAGAGAGCUUCAAGCUUCUAGCAGAGAGCAGUGAAACAUCCACAGUCACCCAGAACGAGUCCUACAUUUCUGUUUCUGCCAGCCAGUCAAGUCUUGACCAUGGACUGUGUACUGAUGGAGAGGCUCAUGAGGAGGAGGAGGAGGAGGAGGAGGAGGAGGAGGAGGAGGAGGAGGAGGAGGAGGGAGAUGGAACAAGUAGCACGACUGGAUCCAUCAGCUCCAAGGAGGAUGACACUGGUGAGGUGUUCUACUCCAGUACGGCUGAAUCGUCUCCGGCCCCAUCAGCUAACGGGGCCUCCGAGGAGAACAUGGUAACCCCGACUCCCACGCGGCCCCGAACCACUGAGGACCUUUUUGCCGCCAUUCACAGAGGGGGCAUGCAGUGGGUGGCUGCAUCCUUUCUAGAGAGGUCAAAGCGCAAGGUCCUGGGUCGCAAGGAGUCUGAGGAGGACAAGUCCCGGGCUGGGAGCCACCCACAGUCUCCCCCCGUCACCCCGACAGGCGGGUCCCCAGUGAUGGUGUCCCCAGGGCCGGUGUCCUCCUUGCCCCGCCAGACAGGCUCCAUCCAGCGCAACCUCCGCAAAUCCUCCACCAGCAGCGACACCUUCAAGGCCCUUCUCCUGAAGAAGGGUAGCCGCUCAGAAACCAGCUUCAGGAUGUCGGCCGCUGAGAUGCUUCGCUCCACUGACCCUCGCUCCCAGAGACCACACUCUGAGUCAGCGUUAGACUCGCCUGCUGCUUCACCCUCCUCACUGAUGGCGCCGCACAGCCCCUGCACCUCCCCCGGCCGUGGUAAAAGGGCAACAGAUGAGUGGAGCCGCUACGAGGCCUUGGCUCUGUCCUCCCCGACUUCAUCGUCCUUUACAAUGAGCGGUUUAAAAUACGGGCGCUCACGCACGCCCCCCUCUGCUGCCAGCAGCAAGUACAACGCACGCAGCCGAAUCCUCAGCAGCCCAAUGACAGUAAUCUGUGAGCGAGAGGGGGAGCUGGCUGAGAGCGAGUAUGGAGACACUGCAGAGAGUCUGUCCGGACCCACGGCUCAGACUCUCCCUGUACUCAAUAACUCCAAUGGCACUUUAUCUAAAGAGAGCAGAAGUUAAAGAGCAAGGACUGCCCCUUAGAUACAGGGAGCGGAACUCACUCGUCAUAACCAGGUAGGGGGCAGGAAGAGGAGCCAAUAGACGGCCCUCUAGAGACACCUUCCUGAGCCCCACCCCCUCGGCGCUGCCUCUGAGGGAGUGGACGUGUCGGGUCCUGAUGUGAGGUCAUAGGUCGCCCCUUCAUGGACCGGACUGAACUUAGUCUGAAGUGGAGAACUGGUUCUGCUGCAGCUUUUCAAAACUCCCAUGAUUCUCACUCUGUCCUUCGUUUGGUGACUCACCCUUUGUGUUAAAAGAAUAGAGUUUCUUUAACGCCUGGUGUUCUUAGUUUGUUUUUUCACUUGUUUUGCUGUUUUUUUAUUAACUUUUAUUUUGUCCUUAACACGCAGGAACCUUUUAGUUUCUUUGAAGGACAAGGUUAAAAUGGUAAACUUAGGUGAAUUGAAGGAAUUGAAAAGUCACAAGUUGUAACUUUGCUGCUGUGGUGCUACGUAGCUUGGCAGUUGGCAAGAGUGAAAUGUAGGGGCGUGCUGCACGCUCGCUUUGUGAAUUUUCUCAGCUUCUGCUUUUCUUCUGUUGGCUCUGGAAAGUGUUUGAGAGCACCAUGGUUUGCAAGUGUUAAUAAUAUAACAUAAUAUUGUGAAAAGAACUCGAGGGCAGGGAACAACAGACAGCUCCACCACUUCACAACUUGAGCUGCGGUUAUGCCCAAGUUUUGCUUUCUGCUCUUAGGUCAGAGGUUUAGUUUGCAGAGCUGGUAUGUUCAGUGGUCCAUAGGAAGUGCAGAGGGCUCAGUGCUGUCACCUAGUGAUGGCCAGGAAGUAAAUAACUGUCGAGUGUAAAAAAAAAAAGAAAAAAGAAAACUCAAAACAGCACAUUUACUCUAUAAAAAAAGGCUCAUAAAACCUCUAUUAAAUGAAUUUUAGUUUAUAGAUUUUACACUGUGCGUAGGUCUUUUUCUUUGUUUGUGACUUAAAAACUAUGUUUUAAAGAUUGUUUUAAUAAACAAGUGAUGUCAUGAUUUGUGUGUUGGGAGUUAAGUAUAAAUCUAUAAAUGUAAAGGCAGAAAUCAAAUUAGAAGAAAAGCUUAUUUUACUGUCCGCCGGGUCUUUUAGGGAUCAUGUUGGUUACCAAAGAGCUGAAAAGUUAACUGCAGUCAUCGCUAAUUUAGCUGAAACCUACUAGAAGCUUUUAGGGCUUUAAUGAUUUCUAUAAUGCUGUUAGGCUUUCUGCUAAGUUUACCCUUUUUGCAGUUUUAUAUGAUUCUGUAUGUAAAUAUAUAGAGAAAGAAGUUUUAAGUAACAUUUUGGCUUAUUUUCAGAGACUGUACAUUUUAAUAGCCCUGUGUUUGCUGGAAAGGAGUGGUUUCCUUUUUGUAGAUUAUUUAUUUUCACAUAGCAGGGCUGCAAAAGGUGUCACAAUCAACCAACAAGGUGAUGGAGGCACAGGGAAGGGUUGGGAGGGCCACAUUUACUACGCUGAUUCACUAGGCCAUUUUUCUUUUUAUAGGUGCUUCAGAGUAACAACAAAAAUGCAAUAAUGUCAAUAUUUAUGCUAAAGCCUUCUACUGCCCUUAAUCUUGAGUCAUGCAAAGCCCACACUGGUGUUCACAGCUGAGUAAAUGUGGUUUCUUUAGAGUCAUAAACUGAGGUAACAGGCGUGAGACUUCAUAACCUAACAGCCAUAACACCCUGUGGUUUAAUCACCUGUGACCAAAGUGUGUCUCCCAGCUCCCGCGCGCGCGCGCCCCAUGAUUGAGAACUUGGGCUCCCGGGCUUGUGUCAUGACAGGAAAACGUCUCAAUCGCAGAGAGCUUGUGAAAAGACGGGAGGACCGAAAGUAGUGGGAGUGGAGCUGCUAACGCUCUUGUGUAUGUCUGUGUAAUAAAAACAAGGUGAUAUUUAAA